AAGGAAUCGGUGCCUCCCUCGUCGUCUGCCGCCUCACUGUCACCCCUAUCACCCCAGCCGUCUUCCGUCCCGGCCGAUCUGAAGAUUGGCAGCAGUUCCGUUCAAUCAUUAGGAAACUUUAUCGCAACGACCAGAUGAAAUUGAGAGACGUCAGAAAGUAUAUGGAAGAAAAAUAUAAUUUCGUCGCCUCGGAAAAGCAGUACAAAGACCGUCUAGCCGUUUGGGGGGUCUGAAAAACAUCAAGGCGAAAGAAGUCCAGUUCAUGAUUCGCAAACAGAAGAAGCGAGCCGCGCGGGGGAAACGUAUAGCAUUUCGAGUCGGCGGGCAGGAGGUGGACUCGAAACGAAUAGCACGCUUUAUAAGCAGAUACAGUUCACUGUGGGAGAACGAAGAAGACAAUUCUGACAACCAGGAGGCAGAAACUCCAUCCGAUAUGAGUUGCUACACUCCUGAGCCAGAGGGAAAUCCACCAGCAACGUUCGCUUCGGAGAGCUCUACAACAUCGACACACGUGCAUUCAGACCCGCGACGGGAUAAAGAAUCCGACGAUGGGAACAGGGGUAACAUCAACGGAAAUGGCAAAGACCCGGGAAACCAUCACCAAUUUCUCCCCUCGACCAACGUCCAAAAUGGCAUCUUAUCACUGGAAGUAGCUCCAGAACAAAUCAGCCAGGGGGAAGUGCAGCAUCUCGGACCGCAAGAUCUAGCCGACUUCCAAGAACGGAUGGCUAUAUUGGGCCGGCAGCUUCAAGACGAACUGGGAGGCUGCAUAGAUCCAUAUGAUGAUGAUUCGGUGGGAUGUCUUUUGAAUGGCGACAGACCAAGAUUGUUCUGAUAUUUGCGGUUACCCAAAAGUUUUCCUUGUUUAUUGCUGGCUAUUAUUUGGAAAUUGGAUUUUGGAUGGCUUUUAUUUCUAUUUAUAUGUAUGGAGUGCACCUCGCUAUAUAUCCCGUCCAUUCCUCUCACCUGCACGAAGAUUGAUUUUCUCUAUAUUCUUUCCAGCCUAUUCAUUAAAUCAUCGCCACUACGAGCAAUUGGCAUGACUUACAGCAGUAUGUGAACAAAACAGCCUACCAUACUCAAACGUCAAGACAGAAUUGAGAAUUGAACCCCACAUUCCCCAGAAAAGAU